CCGAUGCUUACAUAUUACGCAGUGCUUGUCAUAAUAAAGCAUCGCUGAGGCUAAGAGCACGCAUGUGUAAUCUAUACCUCUCCGGAACCAUCAGGAAAGCGAUUGGAACUUGAAACUCGUAUCCGCCCCGCCACAUCACGGAACCGCGAAACUCCAAUUUCGCGAUAUUGUGAUUCGACACUCUAUCCUCUUCGUAUCAAAUGUAUUGAAUCUUUAGAAUACCAAGCAUUUUUCAGUUAGCUUGGCCAUGGCUUCAGCAUCGGCAAAUGAUGACAGAGCGGCGCAUUUUACGGAAGCUAUCGUUUCGCUUCAGCAAGCGAUACAAAGCUUCCAGACAGACAUUGAAACUGGCCGCCCGGAAGUCUUUCUCACGCCGAUGAGCCUCGAAUUGCGAGACGACAGUGCGCCGGUCGCCUUAAGGCUAACGUCUGUUAGCAAUGAAGUCCAGUCCCAGCUGAAAAAAUUAGAGGAGCAUCUCAGCACUUUAGAAAACCAGCUCCGUUCACGCGGACAAUGGCACGCGCCAACACGACAAUCAGCCACGUCCACCCCUACCAUCCUUGAAAUAUCGGAUCUGUCCACUGCGAUCAACUUGCUCGCCCACAUAAUCACCUCUACCUAUCCGUCUUGUCACAUGACGCCACAGUCAUUAUUUUCAACCUACUCAUGGUCUUGGGAUCCAGCCUGGCAUGAGUUCUACACAUACCUUCCAAGACAAAAUACUUACGUUUACCUCUCACAGUGGAAGUUAAAUGAAGUAAGAGGCGUGUGGGAAUAUGUGAGCAUGGCAGACGCGAACCUAAUGCCAGAUACAGCGGCGGAAAUGUUAGGAGCUUGGGAAGACUGGAUGUGGGAUCCAUCUCUGAAGGAGUGGCGCCUCGAAGUCAAAACAGAGGGUGGUGAUGGAGAAAGUUGCAUUUGUGCGAGUCGAUGGCAGGUACAAAACAAUGGAGAGUGGGUGUACGUCGGCAUACUUGGGAAUGUCGGGUAGUAAUAGAGCGCGUAUCAUAUCACAGAGAUUCAUGAUCCCAUCUACAUGGCGCCCGCAUCGGCUCGAGGGACGGUAGAGUCAUAGGGGUAUUCUGAAAACAUAAAGGUCGU